AUGAUCAUUUAAAAUCAAGAAAUGAGCGGCAACACUAAGACCUAAACAUUCACUCCCCUAUCUAAUGUUUAGGCAAGUCAGACAGUUCUAAAUCAGAAUUAUUGCGAUGAGCCACUUUUGAAACAAAACCCAAAUAGAUUUGUACUCUUCCCCAUAAAAUACAAUGACAUUUGGAACAUGUAUAAAUAACACAAAGCAAGUUUCUGGACAGCAGAAGAGAUAGAUUUAUAUUAGGAUCUUAAAGAUUGGGAAAAGCUUACAGCUGAUGAAAAGCAUUUUAUUAAGUAUGUCCUAGCCUUUUUUGCAGCCAGUGAUGGUAUUGUGAAUGAAAACUUGGCCUAAUAGUUCUGUACAGAAGUUUAAGUGCCUGAAGCCAGAUGCUUUUAUGGAUUUUAAAUAGCAAUGGAAAAUAUACAUUCAGAAACUUAUUCUCUUUUGAUAGACACUUACAUAACCGAUGAAAAUGAAAAGAACUAUCUUCUACAUGCAAUUGACAAUGUGCCUGUUAUUCAAAAGAAGGCAAUGUGGGCUAUGAAAUGGAUAAAUGAGAAUGAUUCAUUUGCUGAGAGAUUGAUUGCCUUUGCUGCUGUUGAAGGCAUCUUCUUUUCUGGUUCAUUUUGUGCCAUAUUUUGGAUCAAAAAAAGAUCAUUGAUGCCUGGACUCACCUUCUCAAAUGAAUUAAUUUCAAGGGAUGAAGGUCUCCAUACAGACUUUGCUUGUCUCCUGUACAAGCAUUUAGUUAAUAAAAUGAGUAAUCAAAGAAUUCAUGAAAUAAUAUCAUCGGCUGUUGAAAUUGAAAAAGAAUUCAUUAGUGAAGCUCUACCAGUUGAACUUAUUGGAAUGAAUUCCAAUUUGAUGAAAUAAUAUAUUGAAUUUGUAGCAGAUAGAUUGAUAUUUGCAUUGGGUGCUCCCAAGAUUUACAAUUCGAAGAAUCCUUUUGAGUGGAUGGAUAUGAUAUCUUUGUAAGGUAAAACCAAUUUCUUCGAAAGAAGAGUGGGAGACUAUCAAAAAGCUGGAGUCAUGAGUAAAAAAUAAGAUAAAGUAUUUACUAUGGAUGCAGACUUCUGA